AAUCCCCCCCGUCUUUGAGAUUGACCUUGCACCAACCUCCACCAAGCUUUCUCACUCUCCCACCGCUGCUAUAUUAACGCACUCCCCCCCCGCUUAUGAAUUCCCACCCAAAGAAACCCAACUCUCGCUUCCAAUUUCUCCGGCGGCCGACAUUUUUUAGUCUUAUUAAUUUAUAAUCGGGUAUAUGGCUAUGGAGUGUCCUACACCCGUGGGUCAAUUUCCAGAGGAUCCUCAGAAGCCCCCCAAGGGCAGUACCAGUAAUGGUAGGGUGAAAAUUAUGCUCGCAUUCGUUGCCGCCUUCUUGCUCGCCUCCGCCGCCGCGGUGGGCGUUUGGGCGAGGAUGGAGGGGAAUGUGUCCGGCGAGACGAGGAUCAGGGUGAAGCCUACGCGGGCGAUUUCCCUGACCUGCCGCAAAACCCGGUACCCCAAUCUCUGCGUCACUUCCCUGCUCGAAUUUCCCGGCGCUCUCUCCGCAUCCAGAGACGAAUUUGUUCACAUUUCUGUCAACUUGACAAUGCAGCGGUUCGAGCAGGCCCUGUCCCGCGCCACCGACAUCGGGAACCUGCCGAUGAGCGGUUUCGAGCGGUCGGCGUACGAUGAUUGCCUCGACCUCCUCGAGGAGUCGUCGGAGCUCCUCUCCAAGUCCCUCGCCUCCUUGGGAUCAUCCGGAAAGGGAUCCGCGGCGGCGGCGGAGGACGUGCAGACCUGGCUGAGCGCCGCCCUGACGAACCACGAAACGUGCAAAGAUGGAAUUCAGAACGCCGGCGGGUCUCUGAAGGCCAAAAUGUCCGAGAGGUCGUUGAAGGACUUGUCGGAGCUGGUGAGCAACUGUCUGGCCAUCUUCGUCGCCGCAGAGAAAAACAACGGCGGAGACUUUUCCGGCGUGCCGGUCCAGCACCGCCGCCGCAAGCUGUUGACCCGAGAAGAAGAUUUCCCGGUAUGGGUAUCUCGGCAAGAACGACGGUUGCUUGACGCCGCGCCUGGGCCCGUGAUCCGUGCGGACAUUAUUGUAUCCAAAGACGGGAACGGGACAGUGAAGACCAUCGCCGAGGCGAUCGAGAUGGUGCCGGAAAAAUCUGAUCGCCGGACCAUAAUCUACGUUAGGGAAGGAAGGUACGAGGAGAAAAAUCUGAAAAUAGAUAGGAAGAAAAUAAAUGUGAUGAUUUUCGGAGACGGGAUGGGUAAAACUAUAAUUUCAGGAGGAAGGAGCGUCGUCGCCGAUAACAUCACGACCUUCCACACCGCCUCUUUCGCUGCGACGGGAGCUGGUUUCAUAGCGAAGGACAUGACGUUCGAGAACUGGGCGGGGCCGGAGAACCACCAGGCGGUGGCACUGCGGGUGGGGGCGGACCACGCGGUGGUCCACCGGUGCGAGAUUAAAGGGUACCAAGACACCCUGUACGUCCACUCCCAGCGCCAGUUCUACCGGGACUGCGAGAUCUACGGCACGGUGGACUUCAUCUUCGGCAACGCCGCCGUGGUGUUCCAGAAGUGCGGCAUCUUCGCGCGGCGGCCGCUGCCGAGCCAAAAGAACACCGUCACCGCCCAGAGCCGCAAGGACCCGUACCAGAACACCGGCAUGUCCUUGCACGACUGCCGCAUUCUGGCGGCCGACGACCUCGAGGCGGCCAAGCUCAACUACUCCACCUACCUGGGGCGGCCGUGGAAGAUGUACUCCAGGGCGGUGGUCAUGAUGUCAUACAUCGGCGAUCACGUUCAUUCCAGAGGCUGGCUUGAGUGGAACGAGACGUUUGCCCUCGACACCUUGUACUAUGGGGAGUACAACAACACCGGGCCAGGUGCCGCUUUGAACCAGCGGGUUAACUGGACCGGGUAUCACUUGAUAAACACCACGGCGGAGGCUUAUAAGUUCACCGUCGCUAGCUUCAUUUUUGGAUCCUCAUGGCUGCCGCCGACCGGAGUGGCUUUCUUGGCGGGUCUCACCACCUAGCUAGCUAAUUCAUAUUAACUAAUUUAUUUACUAUUUAUUUACACACAUCAUCGAUCGACACAUACAACAACAACAACAACAACCAUCGUCAUUCGGUUUCCUUUUUUUCAGGUUAAUUAUAUAUGUAUAAUAACCAUUUUUAUUUUUGGGCAAUCAAUUUUAUUUGGAAUUCCGAUCGAUUAGUUUUGAUUUGGUCGUCACUCAAUUGCAAAGCUAUGCUUGCUGCUGCUACAAUUAAUAACACUGUAAUUAAUUCUUUUUUGUUUAAAUUCCAUUCUUCAUUUAUAUAUAGAAUCUUUCAAAAUUUCUAUAUCUUGUGUAAGUGGGUCGAUGUUCAUUUAAUUUAUUGGAAAAAGAUUUGGAUAUAGUCUGUGCGUAUAAAGAACGAAUGUAAUCUAAGCUCCCUAUCUAGUCAAUUCCUGUUAUAUUUAUCAUUAAUGAAGCGGGGACUUCGGC